AUGAAUAAAGUUGAUGCUCCCACUAUUGUUGUAAGUGGAAGCGUGAAUGUUGCUCGUGGUGCACAUUCGUAUGGUCGGAGCGGCGACGUAGUUGCCCAUUCCGAAACCUCGGUAAACUUUUGUUCAGAGACCGGUGGCGGCAUCAAAGGCCUAGUGAUUCUUAACAUGUCAUGGUUCUUGACCGAGAUGGUUCCUAAUGGAAAGGAAUAUGAGUCUAACGCUCAAAUCGUUAGUGAAGUGAGGAAAGGACUUCAAGAAGCAUUUCCUCAGAAAAUGCUUGUAUGCCUUAAUAGCCAAAUGUGUGCAGCUGUUGAUUUGGAAUCUUUUGGUAUUUGCGAUAAAGAUAAUUCAACUGAUGUUUGUGGAGAAGGUAGUGGUGGUGUUUGUGAUGAAGGUAAUCCCACUGAUGUUGGUGUAGAAUGCAAUGGUGAUGGUUGCGAUGAAGGUAAUGUGACUGAUGUUGGUGUAGGAGGCAGUGGUGUGAGUUGUGAUGAAGAUUAUUUGACCGAUGUGGGUGUACAAGGCAGCCCAUGUGUGUUGGAAAUUUCUCCUGGGUUGACUAAGUAUUGGCGCCCAGUCUGUGCUGACAAUUUGAAGCCUAUCGUUGGGCAACAGUUUGUUUCCUUGGAUAGUGCUAUUGUUUUUUAUAAACAAUAUGCUGGGAGUGUUGGGUUUCAUUGUAGGCAUCACUCAAUUCGAAAGAGUAGGGAUGGUGUUGCUGUGGAGAAGCAUUUAGUAUGUAAUCGUCAGGAUUUUAAGCAGAGGGUUUCUAGUGUUGCUAAAACUACUUUGGUGACGAGACGGAGGGUGACAAAUAGGGUUGGUUGUAAGGCUAAGGUUGUGAUAAAGCUUAAGUCUAAUGGUUUGUAUGUUGUGCAUUCUUUUGAGGAACGUCACACCCAUUCGUUGUGUUCAAUUAUUGCUAGGAAAUUUUUAAAGGUGAAUCGUAGCCUUGAUGUUGGGCACCAAAUGUUUAUUGCGAGUUGUGCUCAGGCAAAUAUUGGCUCUGUUCGGUCAUAUAGGCUGUUUAAAGAGAUUGUUGGUGAGUAUUAUAAUGUUGGGGCUACAGGUGUGGAUUUUAAGAAUUUCAAGCGUGACCUGAUGGCGUACAUUCUAAAUGGUGAUGCUCAAUUAUUCAUAGAUACGCUUUUCAAGAGACGUGAAUUGUGUGAGGCGUUUGAUUUUGAAUAUGAUGUUGAUGAAGUUGAUCAGCUUUCAAGGGUUUUUUGGGCGGAUGCAAUAUCUAGGAAGAAUUUUGCUUUGUUUGGUGAUGUUGUUUCAUUCGAUGCUACAUACCGUACUUACAGGUAUAAGUUGGUUUUUGUUCCGUUUACUGGAAUUGAUAACCAUAAGAGAUCCAUCACCUUUGGUGCUGAUUUGCUUACGAGGGAAGACGUAGACUCAUAUGUGUGGCUUUUGGAGAAAUUUAAGAAAACUAUGUGUCAUGACCCUAUUUGUGUUGUUACUGAUCAAGAUCCAGCUCUCAAGGUUGUUGUUGCUCGUGUGUUUGGUACAUCAAAACAUAGAUUUUGCAUGUGGCAUAUAAUGUGCAAGGUUGGUGAGAAGGUUGGACCGGUUUUGUCUAAAGAUGAAGUGUUUAGGAGGAAGUUGAAUGGCAUCGUUUGGAACAAAUCUCUGGACUCUAAGUCUUUUGAGGAUGCAUGGAGUUAUAUUAUGGAGGAAUAUGGUUUGGGUGAUAAUGGUUGGUUUCGUUACUUGUUUGAGUCUCGUACAUUUUGGCAUCCCCAUAUUUUCACGACGAGUUUAUGUCAAGAUUGGUUAGGACAACGUCUCGAUCAAAGUCUCAAAAUAGUUUUUUUGACACCAUUGGCUUUGGAGAAGCAUGCAAUGGGUGUUUACACCAUUUCUGUAUUUUAUGAUGUUCAAGUAGAGAUUUGUGCAGCUUGUUAUUCGUGUCAAGUGGUGUCUUUGUGCGAUUGUGAUGGUCAUGUGUCCUAUGGGAUAAAAGAUGGUGCCCAACGGGCAUGGUGUGUGGAGCUAGUCUUGUCUGAUUACACUGCUACUUAUUCUUGCAAGAUGUUUGAGCGGAUGGGGUUGUUGUGUAGGCAUAUUUUAUUUGUUUUUAAAGAUCGUGGGCUUGAGAGUAUUCUUUCUAGGUAUUUGGUGUCUCGGUGGACAAAGGGUGCUUGUUUGAAGCCAAUAUUUCAUAUUGAUGAUACAAUUGUUGAUCAAUCUUCUAAAGUGGAGAACGUUAGGAUUUUUACUAAUCUAUUGUGGUCUGACAUAUAUGCUUGUGUCGGUUUGGCUGAUGGUAAUAUAGAACGUUUGGCACAGCUACGACGUGUUAUUUGUGAGCAAAGGCAAUUAUUUCUCCAAGAUGGUAGUGAGAAUGGCAGUGGGGUGGUGGCUGGUGGCAGCAAACAAAGUGUGAUCAAUUUAUUUUGUGGAGCCGUGUCUCAGGGGUCAACAGUGGAGGUGCGUGAUCCUAUUCAAGCUAAGAACAAGGGUAGCGGUAAGCGGUUGAAGAGUACAAGGGAGAAAGCUACCAGUAAGUGUGUAAAGCAAUCAAGGAAAUGCCAUACUUGUGAUGAAUAUGGUCAUAAUAGUAGGACAUGCCCUUUAAAUGGUUAG